AUGGCCGCCAUUCACACCGUUGCCUUCGCCUACCUGUUCGUUGGAACUGCGUUGGCCUAUGAUGGAAUCGGGGAACAUCAUCGGGUUGUCAGAGAUCCUUUUGCGCCAGAUGUAGGAGUUCGACGUCCUUCGAGAACAACUGACCAACCGGAAUCAGUGGAACCGUCGAAGGCAAUACAUGAGGCUGAAUCAGACGACGAACUGUUUUCGUCGAGUAAUGGCUGGGGUUUCCAGGAAAAGUUGGUUGAGCUGCCAUCAUUUAGUGGCCAUCUGAAGACAAGGAGAAGCAGCAAUCAUCGGAAGGACCUAGGAAAAAAGGUCGAGACAACGACUGCCUACUAUGAGGAGGUCGACCCGAAUCGUAAUGGCCUGUUGAAAGACAUCGGAUCAAUAAACGUCGGCUUUGGAGUUGGAGUUGGCGUACCUGGCAACGAUCCAGUCCGAGUUGGAGCGAGGGUAGGUGUCGGUUUUGGCGAAUCUGGACUCGCAGGACAACUUCCAAUUGGACAGGAUAUCUAUCCCAGACAGGGGCAAUUCCAAUCACUGAAUGACUAUGAUGGCGAUAAAUCCAAUAUAGUCGCCGAUCGUGCACGAAAAUAUUGGCAAGCUGUUCGUGAAGGACGCAUCAAAAUCCCCCACUAUCGACCGGCGCCAUCGCUUGUCGGUGUGGGAGGGAACGUCGGUGUGGGCAUACCAGGAUGA